AUGGAAAGUGCUCACCAGCAAAGGAACCACUCAGCCCGCAUACUCUUACUCACCUUCGCUUGUCACAUCCUCUUUUCCCACCCUACCCUUCCCUUCCAAGGUGUCAAGGUGAGUGCAUCGCUGCGAACAACAACGUACGGAGUGCUCACCAGCAAGGGAACCACGUGCCUGACCACACUCUCCCCUGCCCUUCCAAUGUUGGGUGGCGCCGUGGUGACGGCAUCGGGCGAACAGCAGUGUGUGGAGUGCACGCCAGCAAAGGAACCACCCUGUCACCACACUGCAUUGCUCUCCUCUGCUGCACACCACGCCAGGCAUGCAAUUGCAGCAAGUUGGACGUGCGGCAGCUCCCAGCAUAGUUGA